AUGGCAAGAAAUUUGGCAACGCUGUGUCACGGAUUGCUACUGCAUCACCAUAAUAGCAAUGGCAAUAGCACUCGAAGCAGCAGUACGGUAUUGCUAGACGAUGAUGACGACAAUGCCGAAAACUCGGAUUACUUUCAGUUCUUACCCUUUGCCGGUUGUAUGGAAGAAGAAGAUUUGGCGGAUGUGGUACCCAAAAUUUGUGAAACGAUCACAACGGGACUCCCAAAAGCCAAGAGCAAGGCACUGAUGCAACUGGCACGUCUUUGCGAUCGAGAUCAUCAACACAAUCGGAUUCCCUGGUUUGUCGACAGGAAUCUUGGAAUGUCGUGA